AUGCGAUUCCGAUCCUCGGUUUUUCUGCUCCUCUGUGCCGUUUCGCUUGCGGCGGCACAGAAUGUCUGGGAGUGUCAGGAAGGUGUCGAUGACGAGCUGAUUUGGGAAUAUGCGGUCAGGAGACCGUAUCAAAUUGGUGGUUAUCAAGAGGUAGAGGAGGAUUACGGGCCGACUGACGUGAGAAUCACGUGCAUACGUAUCAACUCGCUCUCCGAUGAAGAUAACAGUGCGGCGUGGGUCACCGCCGGCGGAAUCGGCCACAACUUCGUCAAACUUAAGUUCAGGUCAAAGUACUCACGAGGACUCCACUACAGAGUCCUCGUUUAUGGACGGCCCACCCCGAGAGGUUUAUGGCUAUUUUGAUGGCUAUCCUUACAAACGUGUUUC